UCGAGCAGCAGCUGCAAGUGGUCGCAUGUCAGGGAUCCUGUGUGUCUUUUUGAACAAAAGGAUUUCUUUUUCUCUUUAAGCGAAAGGGAAUUAUAACACCUCUGUAAACAGGUACAUUUUUCACAGUUUCUGUUUUUGUUACUCGCCAUUGUGGCACAAACAUGACGGAGGUGAUGCAAGCUUCUGCCGUUAGCACCCAGGAGACGGAGGACGUCACGUUUGAAAGUGAAGACAAAGCCGGUGACGAGGGAGACGAGACGACGCUCAGCAACACAAGUGAGGCAGGAGUGCAAGAAGAAGAAGAAGAAGAAGAAGAAGAAGAAGAAGAAGAAGAAGGAGGAGGAGGAGGAAAGCCCUGCCACGCAGGUGAUGACACCUGUGAUGACACUGAAAAGGGACAGGUGAACGGCGUUGAGCACGAAAAGAACGACACAGAAAACGGGAAAAAUAAGUCAAAUACUGUAAACGGCCUCUCAAGCAAAGAGGACGAUCUUCAGGCUGAAGCAAACGAUACUCAGAAUGUUUCAGAUUUGGCGUUCAAGAAAGAGAAACUCCUCCGAUCUCGACGGCCGGUGGCCAGGAGCUACGUCCCGAAGGCGACCAAGGAAAAGGGAGAUGUGACCAGCAAGUUUGAGGCCAUGCAGAAGGCCAGGGAGGAGCGGAGUCGGAAGAGGAGCAAUGAGGAGCAGCAGAAGAGGAAGGAGCAAUUCAUCAAGGAGCGAGAGCGGCUGCGCAGAAAGCAGGAGAUAAAGGAACUGCUCGCAUCCAGUGAUGAGGAAGAAGAGGUGAAGGCCCCAAAGGUGGAGAAGUCUUAUGUCCCAAAAAUCACAGGUAGCGUAAAGGGGAAGUUUGCAGAAAUGGAGAAGCAACGACAAGAGGAGGAGAGGAAGCGAAUGGAAGGAGAAAGGAAGAAGAGGGAAGCCCAGGACAAGUUGGAGAAAGCAAAAAUCAAGAAAGAAUUGGCUCAGAAAGCGGCUGAGGAGGGAGACGACACAAUCCUGGUACGUGUGGUUCCAGCCAAAGCGUCGCGGCCUCCAGGAAAAAUCAAAAUGAACUUCGAAGACAUGGAGAGGAGCCGAGAGGAGGAGCUGAGGAAGAAGGCAGAAGAAGAAAAGAAGAGGCAGUACGAUGAAAACAGGCGCUCCUUCAGGGAAGCCAAGAGACGCUCGGUCGUUGAGCAGGAUGAAGAGGAGAAGCCCUCAGAGAGGACGUCUGUGACUCCCGGAAAGCUGAAGCUGACAUUUGAGGAGCUGGAAAAGGAAAGGCAGGAGCAGAGGAGGAAGCAGGCUGAGGAGGAAGCUAAACGGCGCCUGUUGGAGGAGAAGAAGGCUUUUGAGGAGGCAAAGUUGGGAAUGGGAGAAGACGAGGACAGCACUGAAGCAGCUCAGGAGGACAAAGAGGAAUUCCGACCAGGAAAACUGAGACUGAGCUUUGAGGAGCUGGAAAAGCAAAGAGUGGAAGAGGAGCGCAAGAAGGCAGAGAGGGAGGCGCAGAGACGGAUGGAGGAGGAGAGGAAAGCGUUUGCCGAAGCCAGGAAGAGCAUGCUUCUAGAUGAAGACGAUGAGGUUCUACUGGCUUUAGUGAACCUGGAGGGCAGCAAACCCGGGAAGAUCUGCGUCAGCUUUGAGGAGCUGGAGCGGCAGAGGAGAGAGGAGGAACACCGGAAAGCAGAGGAGGAGGCAAAGAGGAGGCUGGAGGAGGAGAAGAAGCUCUUCACUGAGGCCCGCAAGAGCAUGAGUCCUGGCCUGGAUCAGGAAAGUUCUGCAUGUGGAGAUCCAACAUUGCUGGAUGACGAUGACGAGGGAAUGUUUAAGAGUGACUCUCAGGAAGCUCUGCACCCAAGAAAGCUGGAGAUGAACUUUGAGGAGCUGCUUAAGGAGAAGGAAGAAGCUGAGAGGAGACGCAAAGCAGAGGAGCGCAAGAGGAAGCUGGAGAAGGAGAAGCAGGAGUUUGAGCAGCUCAGACAGGAGAUGGGCGAGGAUGAGAUAAACGAAAGCUCAGAUGUGGUGAGCAAAGAAUACGAGGAGCUAACGAAGCUGAAACGAACCGGCUCCAUUCAAGCCAAAAACCUCAAGUCCAAGUUUGAGAAGAUCAAGGAGCUAACGGAGGAGGAGAUUCAGAAAAAGAUCGAGAUGGAGAGAGAGCGGAGGAAGGCCAUUGACGACGAAAUCAAGCAGAGAGAAGCCGAGAGAUUAAAGGAGGAAGAGGAGGAUGAAGAAAGGGAAUCAACUCCAGCGAGGUCUGAGGAGUCUCCUUUCAAACAGAAGGUGGACAUGAAAGCUCGGUUUGAACAAAUGGCCAAAGCCAGAGAGGAAGAGGAGAGGAGGAGGAUAGAGGAGCAGAAGCUGCAGAGGAUGCAGUUUGAGCAGCAGGAAAUCGACGCCGCCCUCCAAAAGAAGAAAGACGACGAUGUCGACGACGAGGCGAGCAUCAUCAACGGCUCCACGGCCUUCGAAGAUGAAGAAGAUCCCGCCAGGUCGGGGGCGCCGUGGUUCAAAAAGCCCCUGAAGAACUUGUCCGUGGUGGACUCCGAGCCGGUCCGGUUCAGCGUGAAGAUCACCGGCGAGCCGAAGCCUGAGGUGACCUGGUGGUUUGAGGGCGAGAUGCUCCAGGACUGUGAGGACUAUCAGUACAUCGAAAGGGGCGAGACGUACUGUCUGUACCUGCCGGAAACCUUCCCGGAGGACGAGGGCGAGUACAUGUGUAAGGCCGUGAACAGCAGAGGCACUGCAGCCAGCACCUGCAUCCUCACGAUAGAAAGUAAGACCACGCUGGUGUGACUGCAUGGCCGCACGGCGCCUCCCAACCCGACGAAGUGGACCGCAUGCUCCUCUUCCUGUAGCUCUCAGGUGGAAACACACCUGGAUAACAAUCUUUCUUUCUUUCCUUCUUUGCAGCUUAUGACUACUAAACGCCCUCCUCAUUCUGGAGGCUUUCACUGUUGUCUUUCACUCCGUUUUUAUAAAUGUUCACGCUGCGGUCCGACGGGAGAAGACCAUGCUCGGCAUUCCUAAAGGAGGGAUCGUCUCCCAGUCAGGAUGUUGGAUGAAACUCGUGCCAAACAGCCGGUGGUUGCACUAAAUUUCAAAGCAUCUUUUUCUGCUAACAACAUUUGUGAAAUUUUGUUGUUGUACUGUACUGUAAAUAUCACACUUUAUGGUCCAUUAUCAGCAAAUGUUUAGGAGCUGUCAGGAAAUCUAAUCAGAAUUGAUUAGUUUGAUAUUGAAUAUGAUUGUAACUCCCCAAAUCAAAACAUUGUUAACAUCUUCACUUUUUUUUUUUUUUGCAAUAUUUACAAAAGCUGACGGUAGAAUUUACACGCAUCCUCCUUUUUUUUAAUGUGCAGAACACUCCUGACACGUUUGAAAUCGUUUAUUUGGUUGUCCAAGGUGACUUCUUCAGUGUUUGAUGAUAAAAAUAUUUAAAUUUGAAGAUUUUGUCACAUAGAAAAGCAAUUUGUUUUAAAUAAAAUGCAUCAAAAUUU